UGUUACUCUAACCUUAUUUCUCAUUUAUUCAUCCGUGUUUGCAGGAGAUACACCAAAUUUUAUGGCACUUCUGAAAGAACAGCUGCAGACUUGGUGCAUGAUGCUCUCACAAAUUACAAGAAGUGGGAAGAAGAGAUAGAGAAAUGGCAAUGUCCUAUCCUCAACGAUGAAAGGCUACCAGAAUGGUACAAGUUCACAUUGUUUAAUGAGCUCUACUUUUUGGUUGCUGGUGGAACAAUUUGGAUAGACUCUCCCCUAUGUGAUCUAAACAUAAGAGAUGAUUGGCAUCAGCCAUCGAAAGCGGAUAAUUCAGAUACCAAAGCAACGGAGACUGAAGUGACUAUCAGGCAAGGUGGAGUAACAGAGCAUAGUAUUUCCAGCAAUUGUAGUAGUUUUGAGAAUGUUGGACUGAAAGGAAUAGAUGAAUCAGCAGUUCCUUCAGAAGAGAAUGUACUUUUGGGUCCACAAGAUGAUGAAGAUAAUGAUGUUGGGAGGUUUCUAUACUUGGAAGGAGUGGAAUAUGUCAUGUGGUGCACAUAUGAUGUCCACUUCUAUGCAUCCUUUGCCCUUCUUGAGCUUUUUCCUAAAAUUGAACUCAAUAUUCAACGUGACUUUGCCAAAGCUGUCUUAUCUGAAGAUGGACGGAAAGUAAAAUUUUUAGCAGAGGGUAAGUGGGGAAUUCGGAAGGUUAGAGGAGCUGUUCCUCAUGAUUUAGGAACACAUGAUCCAUGGAAUGAAAUGAAUGCCUAUAACAUACAUGAUACAAGCAAAUGGAAAGAUCUAAACUCAAAGUUUGUACUCCAGGUGUAUAGAGACUUUGCUGCAACAGGAGAUAUGUCAUUUGGAGUCGAUGUGUGGCCAGCUGUUCGUGCUGCAAUGGAGUACAUGGAACAGUUUGAUAGGGACAAUGAUGAUCUCAUCGAGAAUGAUGGAUUUCCAGAUCAAACUUAUGAUACUUGGACAGUACAUGGGGUGAGUGCCUACUGUGGUUGUCUGUGGCUAGCUGCACUCCAAGCUGCAGCUGCAAUGGCGCUUCAAUUAGGUGACAAAUUUUUUGCUGAAAUGUGCAAAAAUAAAUUUUUUAAUGCGAAAGCAGCAAUUGAAGCCAAAUUGUGGAAUGGUUCUUACUUUAAUUAUGACAGUGGAUCAAGUAGUAACAGUAAAUCCAUACAAGCUGAUCAACUGGCAGGGCAAUGGUAUUCCGGAUCGUCAGGCUUGCCGUCACUUUUUGAUGAUUAUAAAAUCAAAAGUGCUCUACAGAAAAUAUAUAGUUUCAAUGUCUUGAAAAUCAGAGGAGGCAAGAUGGGGGCUGUAAAUGGAAUGCAUCCAAAUGGGAAGAUAGAUGAAACCUGCAUGCAAUCAAGAGAGAUAUGGACUGGUGUCACCUAUGCUCUAGCAGCAACCAUGAUCCUCGAAGGAAUGGAGGAAGAGGCAUUCACUACGGCAGAAGGUAUUUUCACUGCAGGCUGGUCAGAAGAAGGUUAUGGAUAUUGGUUCCAGACUCCCGAGGCGUGGACCAUUGACGGACACUACCGAUCCCUCAUAUAUAUGAGACCACUCGCUAUCUGGGGCAUGCAAUGGGCUUUAUCAUUGCCUAAGGCAAUUCUUGAGGCCCCUAAGAUCAAUAUAAUGGACAGAGUACAUUUAUCUCUCAGGAGUUCAAGAUUCUCUUAUAACGAAAUGGGUGUCAGAAAGAUUGCAACCAAAGCUAAGUGCUUGGGAAAUUCGGCAUUCAACUGCACCUGCUGAUUAUCACAUGUGAGUUACUUUGUUAUCCUUGUAAAGAAUUAGUAUGUUAGAAACUUCACUGAAACCCCUUCCCAGUGUAACUAGAAUACUGGAAUGGGUUUGGAGGAGUUUUUUAUAGAAGUUGAUUAUUGCAGAAAAUGCACUCUUCGUCAAUGUUGUUAGAAAGAGGUUUGCCUUCUUUUCUUCUAAUUGUUCUUUAAUGCCCUACAAAAUUUUGCUGAGGGCAUUCAGGCAGAGUCCAAAAAGUAAGAUUCUAUCUCGAAAUGGAAUUUUUGUUUGUAAUUUCUUGGCUCAAUCUGGGUAGUGUUAAGGUGCAUUUUUGGACCAUGAAGGUACCAGAGGAACUUUUGCUCCGA